AUGAAAAUUAAGUUCUCUGACAAUGUUCUAUACAAGCCGAUAGAAAAACACAAGAAAAAUCCAACAAUUUCUACACUUAGGCUUGGAAAUUUGUAUGAAAAGAAAAUGACAAUGGAGUACAGAACUGUUAAUACCUCGUUACAAAUGCAGUUAUCUUCGGAUUACAUAGAAAGAUACUUAGGAAAGCUUGAUAUGAUACAAGAAAGUAAGCUUCUUCAAUUACGACAAAGCAUAAAGGAAUUAAGAGGCAGUUCAAUACCUGGAGAUGCUACUCUUUUAAGAUUUUUAAGAGCUACCGAAUUCUCAGUCGAGAAAGCAAAAGAAAUGCUUACACAAACACUACAUUGGAGAAAGAAGCAUCAAAUUGAUAAAUUACUUGAAGAAUAUGAGAUACCACAAGUAGUGAAAGAUUAUUUUCCUGGUGGCUGGCAUCAUUUUGAUAAAGGUAUUGCAUAUUUGUGAAGAAGGAUUGGUUUUAAUGGAAGAAGCAACUGCUGUUUCUGGUCAUCCAGUUUCACAAUGGUGUCUAUUAAUAGAUCUUGAAGGUUUAAAUAUGCGCCACUUGUGGAGACCUGGUAUAAAGGCUCUGUUACGUAUCAUCGAAAUCGUUGAAAUAAACUAUCCAGAAACCAUGGGAAGAGUUUUAAUUAUGCGAGCGCCCAGAUGUUUCCCUAUUUUAUGGACAUUGAUAAGCACGUUUAUAAAUGAAAAUACAAGAAAAAAAUUCAUCUUUUACUGUGGUACCAAUUAUCAAGAACAAGGUCCAGGCAGCCUAAGUGAUUAUAUAGAUUCUGAAUUUAUUCCAGAAUUUCUCGGAGGAUUGUCUGAGGCCUACAUCACUGAAGGAGGAAUUGUACCGAAACAUCUAUAUAAAAUGGAAUUGGAACCUACAUCAGCUCAAGAAGAGCAUAAUCUGUAUCAUUCUAUUAGCUUAAGCCGUGGACAAAUUCAUCGUGUAAUAAUUCGUUGUAAUGACCCAGGAGCAGUUUUAACAUGGGAUUUUGAUGUAAUGCGUCAUAAUAUCAUAUUUACCGUACUUUAUCAAGCUUAUGAUGAUGCCAAAAACCUUUCUUUAGAGUCUGUUACGGAUGAAGAUACAGAAUUAUUAGAGAUGAAAGAAAUUAAAGGACAUUUUAUUAAAGUCGAACCAAGCGUUGUUUGUCAUGAUGGUGAAAGUAUUCAAGGUUCUCAUGUAAUGCAAGAUGCGGGUAUAUAUAUAUUACAAUGGAACAAUCAAGAUGAUCCAGGAGAAUUUCUUCCAUCUAUUAGUGGUCAUAAAGCUCAGCUUAUGUAUUUUUACGAAACAUUAUCUUCAAUUCAUUACAGGUAUAAAUAAGUAAUAAUAAUAAUAAAUUAACAGUAAUUUAUAUUGUAUAUAAAUAUUUAAUUAUAAUUGUGUGACCUAAUUUUUAGGGGAUCUAUGAUGAGUUUGCAAUCUGCUAUAAGUACAAAAUCAGAAGCAACUUCAUUUUUGUCCAGAUGA